AUGAAACUCUACUAUCUCCUUCCCCUUUUCGCUAGCCUCAGCUUAGCCGCCAAACUCGAUCUAUGGGACGUAGACGAUUCCUGCACUCCCUAUCGGGAUGCUCUACAAAAGGCCUACAACGACGCUGAAGUCACGGCAGUAAAGAGCCAAGAUGACCUUGAGACUUUACUCGACGGUCGACCAAGGUAUUCAAAGCAGGAUGCUAGCAGUGUCAGCAACUGGGACCGCGUUGCUCGCGCCGUGACCAACAUGUUUGGUUUCGUCCCUAAUAAGGGUGGACAUGACCCCAAAGAGUCACAUUACUCCAACGUCAUGUAUGUCUUCGACCGUAUGGAGAAGGCGCUUCACCAAGGCGUUAUGGUUUCUGGAAAUGGCUACGGCGGACUUAAACCUCUCAUCCUCUGCGAUCAAAAUAAGUUCAAAUGGAUUAGGAAAGACGACAAAGACCCAAACGACCCUGCGAAUCAUCCUGUACGUGAGUCUAGAGCAAAUGAAAUCAAGGGUAGCGCUGUGAAAAAGUCUAUUGGUCUUUGUGAUGGUGGGGACAUAUGGGCUGUUAGAUUGACUAGAUUUGAUCUCGUCACUUUCUGCCCAAGAAGCUUUAUAGACGAUGUGGCUAAUACCAAAUCGGCUGUUGAUGCAAGGGGUUCCGUGAAGAUUGGUGAUGGGUUGGAUAGCUUUGGACACACGAGUCUCUCUCGGGUCAUGGUACAUGAGCUUGCGCACUGGUUUGGAGGUUCUAGGAGUGGAGGACCAGAGAACCGGGAAGUCCCUGAUCAACCAGUGGUCGGCAAAGAUGGAGAUUUCGUUUAUCGACAUCCUAUUACCAAGAAGUUCACAACAGAUGCUUCAACACCAAACAAACAAAAGAUCGUUACCUACGAUUAUUUCCCUAUCGGGGAAUAUGCUGGCAAUACUGGGCCGAGCAAAGCAACAAUUACAGCUGAGGCAUAUGCUAUCUUCGCUAUGAUGUCGUACAUGGAUAAUUUCGACUGGGCAGAUGAUGGAAAGUCAAAACUCCUUACGCAAGAGAUUCCGUACAACGACUUACCGAAUAACAAGGAAGCCCGCUUGGGGUGAAGAGUUUCUCCGAUUCAUAUGCACUUAGUAAACUGCCCUCCUCAAUAAGACAUCAUACGUUUAUCGGUUCGCGGUUGUCUCUGUCAUGUCAGAGGCUUAAAUGUCUAGAUUCUUUAGAUAAUCGUAUAUACUGUGCUGAGGUAC